AUGUGUUCGGUGACUGGGAUUCAAACCCGCAACUUUGGAGUUGAGUACCUUAACCACCAGGCCAUGCCAGUUCGAAAGAAAACUGACAACUCCAACCCACACAAGCAGGUGUCGCGAGAGCUGAGUCAUACUCUAGAACCCCUGAAAAUACUACGGCGAUCAGAGUUCGGAAAUCACGUGACCGAGAAGAAGCCCGUCCAGAAGAAAAAACCACCUUUGCUAAGAGCCAAGACACUGCCAGCAAUUAUAACUCCAAGUCUGAACAUCAUUCAGGCCCAGCUCGACGCUAACAACACUGUAACUGAAACGAGUCGGUCAACAUCAUUUUCGCAACAAGGAUCUGGAAGAGGAACAACCACGGUACAGCUGAAAAGCAAGAUUCCAGAAGAAAAUUAUAAUCUCAUGGUAACUGACGAAGAAACCAUCUCCACCUACAAGUCUCCCAGUACCUCCCCUGUUUCUUCCCGUUACUUCUUGUCCUCGCCAAGUUCCUCUUCUUCUCAGCCUUCGGGAAGUAAGCAGAAGGGAGAACAGUCACGAACAGGGUUAGCCAAGCUGGCUCGAUUCUUAACAUCAAAAGAAAGGACAUCAGGCACAAAGACAAGCGAUCUGUCUCCUUCAGAGGUGACGUGUUUCGCUUGGAACAAAGGAGCAUCUUCUAUGCGGAGAGCCAAUAGCAUUGAUAGUCUAUUAGAGCUUUCUUGCGGCACUCAGAUUAUCGAAGUUUCGGAAGCUUCAGAUACUGCCUCUGUGAUCUCUACAUGGAAUACAAGCAACACAACCACAACCAGUGACACCCUCACUGUUCCGAAUAAUAAAGCAAUUCCUUUGUCCCCCAGCGUCCCCUCCAAACUGGAAACUCACAAGAAAGGGAACAUACCCUCCUCCCCUAGCAUUCCUAAUCGUCUUGCAAAAGGAAUUACAGGAAUUCGACAAGGCAGCGUGGAUGUAUUUCUGGAAGGCCUAGCUCUAGCAAAAGGAGAGAAAAAACGAACAGAAAAAUUUAAUAAGUUCAAUAUUGACCUUCAAGGUUUAUUUGUUGCCGUUGAACAUGAGCACGUGGAGCGUGCCCGCAGUAUAUUGGAAACAACCGAUGUUGACGUCAACAGCAUCAAUGGAGACGGUUUUAGCACACUGGAUAUCGCAGUGAUGACCAACUGUGUUCCAAUGGUGAAACUACUACAAAACUACGGAGGAAAAGAAAGCAAACGAUUUCCUACCAAAGAAAGUCGAACAAGCCAGUUGGUCAGUCUGGUCAAUGAAGCGGAACGAUGUGAAGAGGAUUUGUCCAAAUAUGUCAACAAUACGGCGGCUAGUGGCAGUCUUUCUGCAGCUUUAUUAAAGGAAAAGGAGCGCCAGCUGACAUUAUGGCAGAGACGGCUUAACCUUUUGAAAAGGAUGCAAGAUGGUUUUGAACGUAUAACAUUAUUUAUUCGUGUUACAGGGCCUCCGGAUAUGCCUAAGCACGUGCAGUUAACAGUAGUUGGUACAAGGGCACUUCGCAUCAAGAUUACAGAGUCUGACACUGCCAAAGAUGCCUAUAGUAUUGUAACUAAAUACAAAGUGGACUGGAGUCGACACGAGGAUUUUAGCCUCCUAGCUGGAUCUCAAGACAUUACUGACCUUCAAAGGCUCGAAGUCACCAUCCCCGAUCUCACUCAGGGCACAGCAUAUUUUGUUAGAGUGGCUGCAGGCAAUGCAAAGGGGUUUAGCCCAUUUCAGACAGCAUCUCCUUCUUUUGGAGUGCCCUCUAGUUGGAAAGACGUAGAGAAGAAGAGCACUCGAGGGAUUGGAAAACUGAAAGAACUAGCAAACCUUUUUCAUGAGGUUAUUAACUCAAGACCUGCUCACGCCGCGGAAGUUAAAGGUAUUUUGGAGCAGCCGACAGAUACACCUCACCAGCAGAGACGUCAAGUGAAAAGAACUAUUAAAAACCUCUUCACGUCAGCUCCAAAAUUCCAGAAAGUUCUGAGAAGGGGAGUUUUCCUAGCUUGUCUCUUCUACAACGAAGACAAAGUGUUGGUUACCACAGAAGAAACGCUACCUGUUGUUGAAGUGGACGAAACUUAUCCAUCUUCUCUACACAUAGACUUCCACUGGUUAAUAAAGGUCGCCUGUACUUGGGAAGAUAUUAAGACACUGCGACAAGACAUGGAGAAAUCCCAGAGUUCUUCCGUUCUUCACUUUCGAAGUAAACUCCUCCAAGCUGUUGAACAGAUGCAGGUAGCGCUAGGUGUUCAAGAUCUUGGACAAUUGUACUAUAAGCCCAUCAAAGACAAGGAAAGUAUUGUUGUUUUAAGCAGUGUAAAAAACGUUUCCGACCCGAAAACACUAAACAGCUUAUCAGUACGAUGGCUCCCUCUAACGAAAAUCCUGAGAAAAUUACCAGGUGUUGUUGCAAGUGACGGAAGAGAGACACCCCAUGUGAGCGAGCUAUUGUUGUCAUCCUUACAGGACAUGAUUAACUACAACCGUGAAAGUACAAAGUCAUUACCACGUGGACUCUAUCUAGGCUACGUGAAAUUGAAGAGUUCCGUUGAUGUCAUCCGAGUGUUAGUGCCACAGAAGACGCCAAAUGUCCUCCCAUUUAGCCGGAUUCGAGAGAAUUCCCAUGUUUCCAGAGAAGAAUGGGAAUGGCUGAAAUCUCUGAAGUCUUCAGACACUACCAUCGCGCCAUCUACUGUUCAACUGAAGUUUCAAAAAGCAAUUUCGUCAGCAGCAAAAAACCUAUUUUCUUCUUAUGACAUUCCACUAGUAGAAUUAGGCUUUCAUAGGUUGUACGACGUUGACGUUAUUGAAAUGAGUCCAAAUGUCUCCUUUCUACUUGUGCUGCCCCCUGUUGAGAAUGUUUGCUCUAUACCUGGACAAUAUGAUGAUCUGACGUCGCGAAUGGAUUGUAUUCCACUUCCGAUUCAAGUAUUUGAAAUACUCCACAUGACAACCUACCGAUACAACUUCAUUGUCCACUAUUCCCGACUUUCGUCCAUCCUGGAGAUGGAUACUUUAAUGGCCCAACAUGCACUGCGAGAGGCUUUCUCUUCAUCUGAAGUAGCUGCAGCCAAAGAAAGAUUAUUGCAACUCCAACUGUUCCAGACUCAAGUUGACAAUAUCUGGAAAGGAGUACGCUGGAUUAUGGAUGUUCUCACAUUCGCUCGAGAUAAACUGAUAAACGGUGGGAUCCCUCUGAAUCAAAUCUAUCUAUACCAAAUGAACUCUCCGUCCCCACAAAAUUCCCCACGCCAGUCUCCGAUGCUACAUCCCACAAAAUCUCAAUAUGAAAGACGAAUGUCACGUGAUGAAGUGACUCCAAAGUACUCAUUACAUAUUACAAUGUCAUCGUCUAGUUUCUCUAUUCCCGAAACGAGAGAAACUAAUAUGAUGGAAAUUAGACGAUCUAUCUCAGCAUCCAAGCUUUUACGGAGUAGCUCGGAUUCUGAAGAUCUGAAUGUAAAUCACAGUGAGUUGACAAUUCUUGGACCGAAAGCUAACAGUUCCGACUCGCUUGGAGUUAGUUUUAAUCUUGGAAGCAAUGAAGAUACGAAAACGUCGAGCACUUCCAAUUCACCAACCUUACGUCUUCCUUCAGAUGAUAUCUUUCAGUGUCAAAGUGAGGACAUUAUACUCCAGGAGGAAGAUUCGAAUUCAAAAAUACGUGUAAAGUAUUUGGAGUCCACAAAACGGGAUAAUCUUAGGAGUCUUCACCAAUUAUUCUCUCUAAGAGGUCAAAAGAGGCAGGCAAAGAACAAUUACUUUAGAAAAUACAAUGCUUUAUCCGAAGACAAUGCCUGUGGUGUUCAGGAACAUUCAAAGAGAAAGCUGAAACUGAAUCUACACGGAAUGGAAGACCAAUCGCUAUAUACCAGCAUGUCUGACAAAUCCUUCUCUUCGUCUUCCGGUGAUUCUAGCACAGAAGAAAACCAGUUCUAAUAUAUGAAAAGUAUAGAAAAAAAUCCGAACAACACUAAAAAUAAUUUUUAUGUCCUGAAACACACUUUUAUGUAAUGAAAAUGUGCGAAGCUCAAAACAAUUUAAAACACACAACAUUCAACAUUAUUCUGCUAAUACUCGAGCACAAAAUCUCAUUAGUGAUCAAAUGAUUUUUUUUACAUCGGCAACAGAGACAAAAGUGUCAUCAAUAUUAAUUAUUACAUCAGUGUUGGAUAAAAUACAGAUGGUUAGACAGUACAGGUAUUUAGAGGAACAAAUUGAGAAAUGAUGUUAGAUAACUAUAUAAUAGAGAAUCUAUAUGUUAAAAAUGUACAUAACUUAGUACGUUGUGGUGCUUUAACUGCUGCUAGUGUUCGUCACGUUAAUAUGAUAACGUUACUGUCACGAGCGUGAUCUGUUUGUGUUUGUGAAAUAUUAUCUAGUUUGAAGAUAUAUAUAUAUAUAUAUACAAAGAUAAACUGGACAUAUAACUUUUGUUUUUUAUUUUUAGUUUCAAUACGAUCGCUUAAAAAGUCUUAUUUUAUGGCUUAUAUACGUACACCACAUGUGAGGCAGACAAUAAAACUAUCAGACUGAAAAUUAGGUUUCUACCUAAGCAACAAGAUAAACAUAAACACACUGUAUAAAAUAAAUUAUAAUUUAGUCAUGAAUAAUCUGAAUGGGUUUUGUUUUCAUCAAGUUAAUAUGAGAUUAAGUUCUUGUUUGAUUAAUUUUUGGGAUAACUUCAGUUGUUAUCAAGAUUAUACUGAUUCUACGAAUAUCACGUGCAUACAGUCUUUCUUUUUUCUUGGAUUCAAAAUAUAUCAAGUUUCACUUAGAUAAUUAAAUACACAAUGCCGCACAAGAACAGGGGAUUAGACCAUCGUGAGCCUUAGUACUUUUUCACUAUAGAAAGAUAAUUAUAGUUGCAUUUGUUAAAACAUUGUUUCUCUAGGAUUGAUAUCAGGAAAAUAUUUCGUAGAAUAUGUGAAAAUCUUUAAAGACUUUCAACUAAAACGAAUACGUCAUUUUCUGGCACUAUAAUACUUUCUUGCUGACUGCUCCCUAAUACCAUGUAUAUGUCGCUCUCUCUGGUUAUGCAUAUAUGUGUGUUAUAAAUUUUAUAUACCUUCAACGCAUGAAUAUUAAUCAAACUUCAGCUGAAUGAAAAUUUACCUGUUUACUAAUCUUUAAAAGUGAUCCUACUGUAAUUAAUUGAAGGCCCACCCAACCGUUUACUUUCAAGUGAUGACGUGAGCUAUGGAUUUGCUAUAUAAUUUAACAUAAUUAUAAUUCAUUUCAGUGCAUACUUUGUGUCUUAUACUAACACAAACAUGGAAUAACUAUCAAAAUGUAAAAAAUAAGCCUGUUUUUAAAUUUAAAUCUUCAUGAUAAAGUUUAUUGCACAUAUCCAUUAGUAAGUAUUAUAUUUGUAAACGUCAUAAUUUUCCUUACGAGAUGUUGAAAGUUCUGAAACAUUAUUCUAGAUUGCGAUUCGUAUAAAGCCGGAUAAUAUUUUUACUACUCAUCUAUCAAUGCUUUUAUAAAAGUGUAAACAUUAAAGAAAAAACAAUAAACAUACAUACACGUGCAUAUCCAAUAUUUCUUUUUCCUUGGAUUUAAAAUAUAUCACAUUUCACAUACAUAAAUAAAUACACGAUGCCACAAAAGAACAAGUGAAUUUGACCAUCGCAAGCCUUAAUAAGUGAAGGUAAUAAAGUAAAGAAAAACAUUACUUCUACGAGGUGGUGUUGAGAGAGACAGAUUUCCGUUUCCUAUACGCUAAUUAUACCAGCACAAAAAAGAAAAAAAAAACGUGCACAGAUGGUCGUGAGGUGUUAGGUAAAACAGCUGCUUGGUGAACUUAAGAUGGCUGAAAGUGUUGCACGAUCAGACCGUCCUUGAGAGUACCAAAAAGAAAGAAAAGACGGAAACUAUAUAACACUAAUCUGAUUUUCUUUACAAAUUAGGAAGAGCUUUCUGUCUCAAAUUCUCAGUUUCCAGUGGAUAGAAAAGAAGUUCACUCUUUUAUUUUAUGAACACCCCCUCUUACGUUGAACUCUGUUUAUAAUGAAUAAUGUCGGUUCUGUGUUGGUUAUGUAGUUGUUGUUUUUAUUAAUAGUAUAAAAUUUAGCAUAAAAGAUUUGUCAGAACAAACAAUGUUAGUUAUCAUUUCUUUAAAUAUUAAAUAUUGCAUUAACUGGCUUAGUAUCGCGUAUAUGGUAACAUCUAGUGAUCAUUGUGAUAUCUAUAUAUGCUCUAUUAUGUGAUAAUUUCUAGUUAUUUUAUUAUUUUGCUUUUUUUUUGUUUCAGUACAUAAGAAAAAUAAGUAAAAUGAAAUACACAACAACUGGAAAUAAGAUGAAUGGCAUUUCCAUUUGGGCAACAAAUGAUACCAGCUUUAAAUGCUUAAAGAAUAAUAUAUAUAUGUUUUGAAAGAAGAAUGAUUAAUUAACAUAAGUCUCGAUUCUUGUAUGACCAGACUUUUUUGACGAUAUAACAGUGUUCCUCUGAAAAAGUUGUGGUAAUAUUACUAAUCAUUUGAGUUUAAAAUACUAAAAUUCAGCCUUCA